AUGCAUAAUGAAAAUAAUUUAAAAGGCAAAGUAAUACAUCAAGACCGCUUUCAUAUCAAUUCAUAUAAUGGUUUCAUAGAGCUACCUAAAAUACAACGUUAUCAUAAAAAGGGAAGGAUAAAAAGAAAACUUAUUAAGGAAGAAUUAGAUUUAACAGAGUAUAGAAAGCUAUUUAAUGAUGACAGGACUCACAGUAGACCUCAGGACGGACGUCAUCCCUAUCGAGUUUCAAAUAAAAAUAUCUCAAAUAUGUUAGAGGCCUUGACGACUGAAAUUAGAGGCCUGAAACACUUGUACGGUUUAGAUGAAACGUCUCCUUCAACUUUUGUUGAUGAUGUGUCAGAAACAAUCACACAGAGACCACAAGACUUCUCAACACUAGAUGGUACAGCUGAAAUAGAAGCUGCAUUAAAUGAGAUAAAACAAAGGUCAAUACAAAUGAUGGUAGAACAAUUGCCGUCUGUAGCCGAAAUUGUUACUAGUACUGUAACACAAACUACCUAUGAAGUUGCAUCAACUGAAAACUAUUUAAAAUUAGGAAUUCGAUGCAAAAAGGCCUGCCAACACAGCAAUCCAAGAUCAGAGAUUCGAUCAAUAAAAUGUGAUGCAGUAACACUUGCUAAUAAAAUAGAAUGCAUGUUACAAAAAAAGUUAAAAAACGCUUAUGGUAAAGUUAAAGAAAAAAUUGCAAAUGAUUUUAAGAAGGAAGUUAAUGAAACUAGAAGCACUAUUCAAGCAGAAAUAACUAAAAUUAGGAAGGGUAAGACAAAAUGCCAACCAAAGAAAAUCAAAUGUAAGAAUUGCUUGCCAGGUGCACUGCAUCUAGCUUCUAAAGAAUUAAUUAAUAAUAGAACUACAUUUGUAACCAAGAAAAUAACAAAUACUAACUUGCAUAUGAAUUCAAUGCCUAAAACUACCGAUGAGUAUUCAAUGCUGUCUAUUUACGAGCAAUUGCUUGUAAAACCGCACGGUCAUACUGCUCAUACUGUUUUAGACAAGUUAGUGACUCCGAAUGUGUUUAUUAAAGAAAGGAAACUUAAAGACAAAUUGUCGAAGCGCAAUCUCGUUCAUACUACCGACAACCAUAGUUUUAAAAAUAAUAUAGAAAAGUCAUAUCAGGACGAUGAUAUACCAGAUAUAGGAGAUUAUAACGAGGCAGAUUCAUCAUCGUCUGAAGCAACUACGACGAAUAAACACGACAACACUACAUCAACUGGAAAUGACAUGAGUAUGGAAGCGCUUAGCAAUAAAAUAUCGUACAAUGACUAUGUUAACGGAUUUAAAUAUUAUUUAAAAUUUCAAAAAGACCGAGAAAAUGAAAAGUUUUCAAAUUUAGUAAGAUACCAAGCACAUAAACACCAUAAUGUUGAUGAUGUUGGAAAAUACAUCCUUAAUAAGCUCCCACAAAUACCUUCUACAAGGUCAAAGCGAUUUUUAUUUGAACAAGAAACGGUAGAAGAUCAAGAAGACAUUUCAACAAAAAGUGAUGAUUCAUGGUUUAAAAAACAUUUUUAUUUAUUUAUCGAUAAGGAUCCACCUAGGAAGUUUCAUACAGCACAGACCGUUUCUUUAAAUUCUGGUUUUGACAAAACAAUCUUGACAAACGUACGCACUGAAAUGUCUCCCACAAGAAGUGCAGUGCAUAAAAAUAAACAUAAUAAAAUAAAAAAAGUGGAGAAGAAAAAAACUACUGUUCAUACAAAACAUCUCGAAGUUCGGUCGGUUACAGAGAAAUUAUUUGAAGAUAAGAAUAGCGUUGGAAAUGCCGCUAAUUCUAAUAAAAAGGGUUAUGUUGAUAUCACCAUGAUACAAAAACCAACAGAUAUAAAUAAAACUUACAAAAAUAAAGACCACGGCAAACUUAGACUUUUUCAUAAAGAAUUGAGAUUUAAUAAGCAACGUAAAAACAAAAAUAGUAAAAGAGACGUUUUAUACCGAAAGACAAGGUUUAAUCCAUUCAAAAAUUUAAAAGAUAUAUUCAAAAAUCCUGGAUCGAAUACUGCAAUUACUAAGAUAUUUGAUUACGACAUAAUAUCUUCCAGUUCGGAUCCAUUUACAUCAUUUAAUUUUGGUCAAAAUCCCAACAUAGAAGCUAUGAUAAGACAGAUACCUAAUAUCACAGGUAGUUCAGAAUCACCAUUUGAUAUUGAUGACAACGAACAUUAUGUAUCACAAAGUAUAAUGGGUAGUAAGAACUACCUCCACAAUGAUGGUUUCUAUAACUCACGACUAAGAAAUGAUAACAAAAUAAAUAGAUUCUCUAAUCUUCACGAAAAUCGUAUGGAAGAUUUAGAAAGAUCUCUAAACCAAAAUAAAAUAGACAAUAGUAAUUAUUAUAAAUAUAUUGAUCACAACAAAAGACUCGACGAUAUAAUAAACGUAAGAAUAAAAACAGAGGCCCCUUUAGUGAAUCCAUGGAAAAUGACAUUACCAUCAUUACCUACUGGGAAUCAAGAAAAUGAUGACUUAGAUAAUUUAGCAGUAAGUAUUACAUACAUUGGUGAUGAUCCAUUGAAGAGGUUUGGUAUUAUGACUGGAAAUAACUCACCCAAUAAAGUCGAUUACGAUAAUGUGGAAGCAAAUUUUCAUAAGUCAAUAACGGAUAUCAAUGACAUGAACAAUAUUUACCAAAAGUAUUAUCAAAAUAUACCGUUUAGAUUAAAUUUACCACAAACCACAACUAAGGAUGAAAUAGAAGAUGAUAACAUACAAGAUUAUAGAAAUAACAAUCACCCCAAAGAAGUGAAUUAUUUUUCUAACAGUAAUAGCGCAGGAAAUCGUUUAAGUACUGAGAAAGAAAUUGCUAAUAGUCGUAAGCUUUAUAAUGUACAACUUUUUAAAAAUGGUGUGAGAAAUGAUAAUUCCCACAAAUAUAAGUCAUUUGAUAGGAACAAGAUUAUUUCAAGUGCUCACUUUAAGCCUAUGAAAGAUAGUUCACUGUUACCACAAUCAAAUUUGCAGAUUCAAGAUAGAAUGAGAUAUCAAUAUGAAGUAAAACAAAAUAAUAAUGUGCUCAAUGAAAACAUUAACCCCAUUAAAACGGUUGCACAAGGAAAACCAGAAAACAACAAUAAACCAGUCGCUAAGCGUUUACAUAUGAAUGAUAAAAAUAGUUAUCAAGCGUAUUUAAAAACAAUAAAAUAUAGCAAGCCUAAUGUUGAUAAUUAUAAUUUCUACAAAAUACCAGAGACAAAUUAUGAUAACCAUAAGAUACACAAUAAAAUGAAAGUUUUGGAUCGCCGAUAUACAGCGGGAUUGAGACCCAACAUUUUACAUGGAAAUUUACAAUCUUCUAAGAAUUUAGACAGUUCUUCUCAUAAUAACCAUAUUAUAAGUAAACAUAAAGCUCCUUCUGGAAUAAAGAAAAAUCCCACCCAAUUUAAUAAGACUCACACCUGGAAUAAUAUUGUAAAUAAUAAUAAGAAAUUACCUCACAAUCACCGUGGAAUACAGAAAGCAGCGCUAACACAAAUAAUUAAAGUUCCGCAACAAUAUUUCAUAACACCCUUGCCAAUGGAUGCGGAUGAUUUUGACAGAUUUCUUAAGGAGCAUGAAAUGGACGUGGAAUCUGUUACUGCAUCUUUAAAAGACGGUUUUAUUUCGAACAAAAGUUACACGAAAGCGGAUAGUGUUACCAAACCGUUUAUUUCUUAUGUUAGGAAAAAUUAUCACAUCAAUAAAAGUAAAGAACGUCACGAAAAAAGGAAGAAGCGGAAAUAUACCAGGCUACGACGAGACCUAACAACUACAGCUUCAAAGCUAGUUCACGAGAAAUCUAAAAGAAAGCGAGAGUUAGUACGAGAACAUACAUUUACUGCGAAAGAUGUCGCUGCCUUAGAAAUUGUUAUAGAUUUGAGUAAAAAUAACCAAACAUAUUGUAACGAAAAGGAAAUUACUAGUACGCAAACAGAACGUAUGAGUAAUAUUGUAACAAAUACGGUUGCAAGAGACAAACAAAAGCUUAUCACAAAUGCUAUUCAAGUCCAUAUAUCUCUACCCGGUAACUCUGAUAAAAGAAAAAGAUCUGCUGAGUCCGUCCAAGUAAGGAAAGUGUUUUCUGCAAAGUUUUCAUCUCCAGUUGACUUGGAAUAUCAAGUAAAUUCAUUUGAAAACGAAACAAGUACAACAACUACCGUACCCAACGAUUCAUGUUCACCAGGUAUCUAUUUAUUAAUUGAGAAUUCAAAUCUUUCCGAUCCAUCCGGAAAAUUAAUAUUAAGGCCUAUGCAAAUUAAGAAGUCUGAUAUUGAAACAAGAAACAUUGCUGAUGAUUUAAAUAACUCUUAUAGUUCAACAAGUGCAGUAGCAACUUAUAAAACUGGAAAUUUAACAAAGGUUGCUAUUAAACGCACAAUUAGAGAUCGUAAAACAAAAAGGUACAUUAAAUGGGAUCCUAUAAAAAAAUUCUUUGGACAUGAAAGAGUUUGUAACUGUCGAUGUAAAGCCAAUAAAACAAUGUGUAAGCCAUGUGCAGCCGGUGAUGUUAUUAUAUCUGAAUUAGUUUUUGAAUUAGAUAAUUUGGCAAAAUUUAUGCAAGAUCAUUGCACAGAAAUACAAACAUUUUUCUGGAUGAAUCCAACCGGUGGAAAGAAACUGAGAGAGGUCGUAAAUAAAAUAGACAAAUCUUUGAACCAUUAUUAUAAACGAGUUAAAGGGAAAUGCCAGGGUCGCCCUUGUAAAAUGUAUUCAUCAGGAAUAGACAAAAGAAGAUCACAAAGAGAUAAAAAUAGUUAUGACAGAAUCUCCAGUGUUUCUUUACUAGUCAAAGAUUUGAAUAUUCUUGCCAAUAAUCUUGAAAAGGCAAACAUUUUGGAUAAAGUUAAUUCAAAUGUACAGUAUUAUGGUCAAAAUUUAUUGCAUAACAUACAUAACUGUAUGCCGCAGGUAUUAGAGAAACGCUCAACUUCUAUAGAUAAAAAUAAACAAACAAAAAGUUUUCGUAGUGUUUACUCUCUCGACAAUGUCAAUGUCAAUUUAAUUUGCAGCCCCAGGCAAUAUACAACGUAUUCUACAGCUAGUAUUGAGUCAUCAAGUACUUUGUAUAAUUUUCCUUUCAAAAAUAAUCCCCGUAUAAAUUCCUAUGAUUAUGAAAAUUAUAGGUACAAAAUGGAUGGUGUAACAGCACGAAAUGAAAGAGCAAGAGCAGGCACACAACACGAUUGA